GUAACUGGAGAUAAAAAACAGACCUAAAAAUAAACCCUAGAAGGAAGAAAGUAUUUACCUACAUUUGGCUCUGAGUCUUGGCAGACACUUGGCAGUCUGUAUGGUCGGAUGCUGACUGGUCCAAAGGUCCACACAUGAAGUCACUAUAAAGGAGGAAGUUGUAGGCCUUUCUCCUUGCUGAAACUGAAGAAGGUGGUCCCACUGCGUUAAAACCUCAUCGCCGCGAGGUAAGGCUAAGAUGAGCAUCACCAGUGACGAGGUGAACUUCCUGGUGUAUCGCUAUCUGCAGGAGUCAGGUUUUUCCCACUCGGCAUUCACAUUCGGGAUCGAGAGCCACAUCAGCCAGUCGAACAUCAAUGGGACACUUGUGCCCCCGGCUGCCCUUAUCUCCAUCCUGCAGAAGGGACUGCAGUAUGUGGAAGCUGAGAUCAGCAUCAACGAGGACGGCACAGUGUUUGAUGGCCGCCCCAUAGAGUCCCUGUCCCUGAUUGACGCGGUGAUGCCUGACGUCGUGCAGACGCGGCAGCAGGCCUUCCGGGAGAAGCUGGCUCAGCAGCAGGCUUCGGCGGCGGCAGCCACAACCACAGCCACGGCCACAGCGGCAGCCACAGCAACCCCAGCAGCUGUCUCCCAGCAAAACCCACCAAAGAACGGAGAAGCCACGGUGAACGGGGAAGAGAAUGGUGCGCAUGCAAUCAAUAAUCAUUCAAAACCAAUGGAAAUAGACGGAGACGUUGAGAUUCCACCCAACAAAGCCACAGUCCUUCGGGGCCACGAGUCUGAGGUGUUCAUUUGUGCCUGGAACCCUGUCAGUGAUCUCCUAGCUUCCGGAUCUGGAGAUUCAACUGCAAGGAUAUGGAACCUUAAUGAAAACAGCAACGGGGGGUCCACACAGCUCGUGUUGAGGCACUGUAUACGAGAAGGAGGCCAUGACGUCCCAAGUAACAAAGACGUGACCUCGCUGGACUGGAACAGCGACGGGACACUGUUGGCCACAGGCUCGUAUGAUGGUUUUGCAAGAAUCUGGACGGAAGAUGGUAACCUGGCCAGCACCUUAGGCCAACAUAAAGGCCCCAUCUUCGCCUUGAAAUGGAACAAAAAGGGGAAUUACAUUCUGAGUGCAGGUGUGGAUAAAACAACAAUAAUUUGGGACGCCCACACAGGGGAAGCCAAACAGCAGUUUCCGUUUCAUUCCGCCCCUGCUCUCGAUGUAGACUGGCAGAACAACACCACCUUUGCCUCCUGUAGCACAGACAUGUGUAUCCACGUCUGCAGACUCGGCUGUGACCGCCCAGUCAAAACCUUCCAAGGACACACGAAUGAGGUCAAUGCCAUCAAGUGGGAUCCCUCUGGAAUGCUGCUGGCAUCCUGCUCCGAUGACAUGACAUUAAAGAUCUGGAGUGUGAAGCAAGAUAUGUGUGUCCAUGACCUUCAGGCUCACAGCAAAGAGAUAUACACCAUCAAGUGGAGUUCCACCGGGCCAGCCACCAGCAACCCAAAUUGCAACAUUAUGUUAGCGAGUGCUUCGUUUGACUCUACGGUUCGGCUGUGGGAUGUGGAGCGAGGUGUUUGCACCCACACGCUAACCAAGCACCAGGAACCUGUCUAUAGUGUAGCUUUUAGCCCUGACGGGAAAUACUUGGCCAGUGGCUCCUUUGACAAGUGCGUGCACAUCUGGAACACUCAGAGUGGGAAUCUCGUUCACAGCUACCGAGGCACUGGCGGCAUCUUCGAGGUGUGCUGGAGCGCCCGAGGGGACAAAGUGGGCGCCAGUGCGUCCGACGGCUCCGUGUGUGUGUUAGAUCUACGAAAAUAAAAAACAGAAGAAAGAAUUCUCAUGGACCAGCAGUGAAGGUGUGGGGUCACAGCACUCUGCAGACACAAUCCUAUCAGCUCCAAAACUGUACAAACCUGACUUGCGUUAGAGUGUACUUUGAAAGCAACUCAUCCCUGGCCUCAGGAGUCUAUAUUUUUUCAUGAUCUUCAUCAGGAAGUUUAAAGCAGGAACAUACACCCAGUCAUGUCAAAAGGGAAAAGAAUGGUUUCCAUCCUGAACAGGCUCUGAUGUGCUGAUGGGGGGUGGGGGGAGGGAGAAAAGCUGUGCCAAAAAAGGGAAAAUGCUGUGAUAAACCAGAAGGGUGGGGGGCUGUCCUCCAUGUAGGGGGUUGAUUGGUUCUUUCUUUGCUGACAGUUUGGACACUACAGUUGCUCCUGUAAAGGAUGUUCAAAGACCAGUUUGUACCAAGGAAAUGUUCAGCUUUGUGAUCCCAACACUUUUGUAUUUUCUAGAGUCUUUGUCUGGUGGUUUUUCUAUCGGCUGGAAUCCUGUCGUCUGGGGGCCUUCAGUGUGAGCUGGAAGCUGUGUUCCCUCGGUCGCUUCUUUCCUGUGGUUACCAGUCCCCCUCCGCCUUUGCCUUUUGUCUGCUGUGUUCUUGAUUUGCAGUUCGCCACGGCGACCAGGAGGGGGAACCGUUGGCGGCCAGCUCUCUCCCCUCCCGCCCGCCCUUCCCUUGGUCUCCGUCACCCCUUGCUCACUCUCUACCUUUGUCACAGUUGCUUCAGAUCUUAGGUCUCAAGGGUACUUUUGGUGCAGAAUAAGUGCAUUACAAAAAGGCAGGGCUGAGGGACUUUUUACAGGAGAAAAAUAUAUAUAUAAGAGAAAGAGCCCAAAGUAUUUUUGGAAAAAAAGUAUUUUUAUGUUAAAAUCACUUUAAAAUCCUAAAAUGGCCAUCAGACAUAGAGAGCUUUGUGUGAUUCAUAUUUUAAAACAGUUUUAGGAAGACACAGGCAGGGUCUGAGGACUCUGCCUCCUUUAGCUUCACUAAAGGCACUUAGAACUCUGGGUGGAAAAGGUCCUUCCCGUGGGUUGCCAGCAGGAUUGUUCUGCAGCCAGAGAGAAACAUCCCUGCUCCUCUGGCUGCAGGAAGAGCAUUGCAUCUCUCGGUGUGUGUUCACCCACGUAGGCGGCAGGAGAAACGAAUAACGGUGCCCUCUCACCGGGGGACGCAUUCCCGAAACCCAGUGGUAUCGGAGAGGCCAUCGAGCCGACCCCAUGGCCGGGUGGCUGAGAGCGACACCCUGCUCACAGCAGCCACAGGGCCACUGGCUUUCGGCCCCCCACAGUUUGGCCGGCCCUUGCCGAGUUGACGUGAAAGGCUCCAGGGUCGUGUUUGGUCUGACAAUGACAGAAAUGAACGGGGGAAGAUUUUCAGUCCUGAAGAUGCAUUUCUUCAGUGACAUAGGUAGAAUGUCACUAACAAUAUCCGCCAUCUUCGUAUUUCUCUCCCACAAGAGACUAGGAGAAAGAUGUUCUUUUUUUAAGUAAUGAAUCUUUUUACUGUUUUUAAAACAUCAAACCUGGCUUUGUGUUCAUAGAGGACUUACCUCUCAUUGGGUCAGGCAACUUUGUACACGUGUAACUCGACACUGACCUAUUUUAUGAAUCAGUGGGGGAGAGGGCCGGGAGAUGAGGCCUCUUCCCGCGUCCGCUUUCCCGCAGGUAUGGGAAAGGAGGGGCAGCUGGCCGGGCCUGGGGGGCUGCCGUGCACAGGCUUCCACUGUGUGUGUGUUUCAGCAGCAAGACAGGACCCUCUGGAGGCUGGCAUCCAUCCAUGGAGCCAAAAACUGACUGGCAGGGCAGGACAAGGGCAUUGUGCUCAGCUUGGAGUGUGCUGGGCCAGCUCCUAAAGUCCGAGUGUGCUUGUCAUCGUCGGGCAUUAACUGGCCUUCACUUGCACGUGAGUUAUUCAAACCCUAGUGAGAGAAGACCACAAAGCGUUCUCUGUAUGAGUUGGGUAUUGAGUUCUGGGUCUGCUACCUAAAUGCCUACCUAGCUGAGGAGGUCGGAGUUCUAUGGCGCCACCAUCCUGUCUUUGAAGUACGCACACACCUCCAGCUGUAUUGCUCGCUUCCUGCCCCAAGAGCUCAUUAGGUCUGGCCUGCAGUCUGUGGGGGUGCAGACGCACACCAUCCUCACCCCCUUCCCCCCCCAAGUAAAAAUGCAUCCGUCUCCACGGAGUGUCAGUGGUCGAGGGUCGGCUGGGCUCACGUGUCAGCUGGGCUCACGUGUCAGCUGCUGUUGACAGGCCCAACAGGGCUGUCAGGUGGCAGGGUGGGGACAGGCCAUCAGGUUUGCUAGAAGAUCUUCAUUCAGGGGGGCAGUAAUCAGGCUCUCGCUCAGGUGGGAGCCUCAGGUUCUUGAAAAGUCUGAACCACUGGGAAUGGUUGGGUUGGCGUCGGCGCCACGAGCCACACGGGAGUCCGGGGCGACAAGGGCCAGCCACCCACCUCCCUGUAUUCCUCCGGCAGCCGCGGGAGAGCUCCCUGCAGGCCCCGAGGGGGACCGAGCCCCAGGGUGCCGACAGCGCCCCUGGAGUCCACCCCCGUUCUCAGCAUCUGCCAGAAAGCCUGCAGAGCCACUCCGCAGCAGGGCAGGCCAUGUCCUGCCACUGUUGGUCAUCAUUUACAGCUCUUCAAAUUGUGUGUCUUUGUGACCAAAUGUAACCUCGAUUCCGGAAGCAGCACAAGGAUCCCUCCUGGCACCUUCGGCUGGGUUCGGAGCGACCAAGAGCAGGGCCUGCACACCUGGGAAAGGCUGCUGGCCAUGGGGGCCAGGAAGGGCCGGACGUGACGGGCUUGCAACCCUGUGACCCUCUGCCCCCACCCCAUGCCUCCAGGACUUGUCUUUCUAAAACUAGAUCACAGAGCCAAGUAAAGUGCACUUUGUGAAAUGUAAGGGUCUGCUUUGUUUUUGUCAAUUUUCUCUUUUUUAACCUUCUGUUCCACCUUUUAUAAAAAGAAAUCACGUUUCUUGUCAAAUGCAGACAUGUUCCUCCUGCCACUGAAGUUCUGAAUUCUGGCUUCUGCAGUUGAUAUUGUCUGUGUCAGACGUACAGCCAGAUGUGGGUCCCUGUCGGCAUCUCCCAGAUUCGGUUCUGCCCACGGCCCCCAUUCUAUUCUUUCCCCACCCCACGCACCCUCACGCGCGCUGAGAAAAAUUCCCCGGUGUGUCCUCGCUCAUUCGUUUCGAGAGAAAUCAACAGAUCAUACAUACUCAGUGUCUUGAAUAAAUCGCUCUAUUUUGAUAUGA